AUGGAACCGGCGCAAACACAUCCACCCUUAAUUUCACUUUACAGUGUUCGAUUUCGAAUAGGGGUCUUUUUAUUGGCUGCUCUUUGCAUAGAGGGCCUUAUGCGGAGUAAUCUUAAUAUGGCUAUGGUAUGCAUGGUAAACCGGACUGCCAUUGCUGAACUCGCGUAUUUGAUCGACUGGUUUGGAGCCACCAUAGUAGUACAAAUUGGAGCUAUUGUUAAUGUUGUUGGAACGCUGGUUACACCUUUGGUGUCAGAAUAUCUAGGAGCUUUUGUUUUAAUGUUUGUGCGGUUUUUAAUGGGUGCCGGACAAGGUAUAUUGGUUCCUUGUACUAGCGUUUUGAUAGCGCAUUGGUUUCCACCCGAAGAAAAGAGUUUUGCACUUGGGAUUUCAACGGCAGGUAACCAACUUUCGAUCAUAUUUGCUAUGAUUUUCACUGCCGAACUCUGCCAGGUUCCAGUAUUAGAUGGAUGGCCCACCGCUUUUUAUCUUCACGUCAUCAUUUUGAUGGAUUUUCCUGUAGAACGUGAAACAAGUUUUCUUGCACUCUUUUUGUGGGGGAUGAAUUGCGGCACUGAGAAGUAUUUAUUAGCGGUUCAGGAUACGCCGUGGAAAGUAAUUUUGUCAUCGUAUUCAGUUUGGGCUACUGCGAUGAGCUCAUUCAGUCAGUCUUUCGCGACAGUUGGCAUGGUCACUUACAUUCCACUAUAUUACAGAACCGUUUUGCGUAUGAAUCUUACUGCAAAUGGGAUCUUAUCAGCUGCUCCAUUCGUCUCGCAGCUCUUAUCCAAGGUUGUUUUCGUUUACUUUGCUACGGUAGCUGCUAAACAUGGUUUUGGUUUGACACCGAUCACGAAAGCAUGCAACUUUAUUGCUGCCAUUGGUACUGCUGUUUGUUAUCUCUGUCUACUUUUUUUGGAUUGUCACACUAAGUGGGCUGCAGUAUUCAUGAUCUGUAUGGCUAUGGCGAUUCUUUCGGGGUACGUACCUGGAUAUCAGACGGGCAUUGUUUCCAUUGCCCCAAAGUACACAUCCGCUGUCGCAUCUUUUUGUCGUUUAUUAGGGAAUUUGGCUUCGGUUGCAUCUCCAUCACUAAUCGGAUUUAUAAAUAGAAGGGGCACGGUUUCUGAAUGGCGACUGGUGUUUAUAGUGAUGGCAGCCACCUUAACAGUCACUGGUAUUUUCUACCAAAUAUGUGGUUCUGGUAGGUUUUUCUUCAUUUGA